GUCAUGGCGUCGGAUAUACUGCUCCUAAUCCCCGAAGAGUCCUACAGUUAUUGUCAUCAAGGGACAUGAGCCCUAGAGGUGUUGUCAUCAGAGGACAUUGAUAAAGGAGCAUGCAGCAUAGUCAGACAGAUAAAUCUCGACACAAGCUGUAGGUUUAUCAUUCUAUACAACGAUACAGCACCAUGGCGCAAUCACCAGUUUGGCUGAUUACAGGAGCAAGCGCCGGGUUGGGGCUGGCACUAGCUCGAUAUGUGCUCACACAGGGACAUCGAGUUGUUGCGACAUCACGAAAUCUCUCAAAGGCCGGAGAUGUCGUUGGCGAAUUAGAGGGCAUGGGGGCCAAAUGGCUGACCCUCGAUACUGGGUCGUCAGACUCUAUCAUCGCAACGGCAAUGCAAGAGGCUGAGGGCAUGUUCGGACAGAUUGACAUUGUAGUCAACAAUGCCGCAUAUUGUGUGAUGGGUUCCACCGAAGACAUACACGCCCAAGAGGUCGAGAAUCAAAUGAGAGUCAACUUUCUUGGGCCUCUAAGCAUCAUUAGGGCGCUGCUACCUGGUAUGCGCAACAGGAGGUCUGGAGUGAUCGUCAAUAUUUCGAGCAUUCAGGGCGUCGCUCCAGCUCCGGCUAACGGAAUUUAUGCAGCCAGCAAAGCUGCUUUGGAAGCAGCCACAGACAGCUUGAGAGUCGAACUUGAACCCUUUGGGAUUGAUGUCUGGCUGGUGCUCCCAGGCGGGUUUCGGACACAAUUUGCAAAUGCUGGUGUGAUAGUUGAAUCCUCCGAACCAUACGCAGCCAGCGACCACCCAGUCGCAAAGAGACUCGGUUUCGUCAAAAAGCUAGGCGCAGGGGCAGCAAUUGGAGAUCCGAAUCGUGCAGCACAGCUCAUGUUCGAUAUGGUCACAGGACAAGGCGACACUGGUAAGCUGGUCAGGGAAAAGGAGAUGCUGCGAGUGUUUAUCGGAUCAGAUUCGUGGAGACUGGCAAACCUCAAAGUCAAGGAUGCUGCCAAAACCAUUGACAGCUCUCGUGAGAUGGCGGCCACGACAGAUUUCCAGUAACCAGUGAUCAGUGAUCAGUGAUGGUGUGAUGAGUCUUGUCGGAGCAUCAUCGAUCUCCCACUCCGAGUCACGAGGACAUACACGGUCACGGCCCACAUUGACUCCGGACAAGAGAAGAUGGAGUUUGAAGUUGCUUUCGUUAAAGCCGGGCCUGUGGGUCUUUAACCACGAUUGGCUUCUAAGUAGGCUCGAGGCUAGGAU